AUGCUGGACUGGAAGAAGGACGAGCGGCUGCGAGGUCUUGAGACCCGAGCGGCGACGCCGUUCCAGGACUGGGAGCUGAACGAUCUGUCCUACCACUGGACAAUGCCCUGCACCCGUGUCCUGAAUGCCCGGCCGAUACCCUGUGGGGUGCUCCAGAGGGGGAGGUACACGGGAUACGCGACGGAGAUGGGGGUGGACUGCCCGGCCGUCUGCGAUUCGGGGUUCACGCUGGAGUUUGUCACGGAGCAGAUCGAGGUAGAGUACUGGGAGCCCGGGACGCAGCCGGGAUCGGUCACUAAGGGUUUCUUCCAGUUUAACCGCUCCCACUGCAGGCCCUGUGUGGAUUCCGGGGUGCAGAUCGUGAAUGGAUCCUUCAAUGAUGGUGUGUUCUCCCAGGAUUGCGUCUUCACCUGCAAUACCGGCUUCGUCCCUGUGUUCAGCUCGGAUUACCUCUGCCCGACGGGGGUGGUGCAUGUCCCCCCGUACCAAUGCCACUUCUGCCCGCUGAUCCAGUGCCAGGCCGGCGAGUUCCAGGUGGAUUGCCCUCCCGACGCCUACUGUGUCCCCUGCCCCGCCAUCCCAAACGGUUCCCACAUGGAGUACUACCUCCCCGGCGGAUACCAAGACCCUGCAUCGUGCCCAAAGCGAUGCAUGCCCCAGUAUUGGAGGCCCGACGCCGCCUCGAACUGCACCGCCUGCACCACGGAGGUUGCGCUGGCCUGCAACUACACCGUAGAGUUCAUGAGGCCAUGCGAAGAGUUCAGGGAUGCGGCGUGCGUGGCCUGCAGCGAUAGUUGCGAUCCUGGCUUCUACCUGUCCGCCAAUUGCAGCCGGUACAGCAAUAUCGCUUGCGAGCCGUGCGCAUCCGCCGUGCCGCUGAAUUCGAGGUAUAUACGGGGGUGCACCUAUGAAUGCCUCCCAGAUUAUGUCCCACAUAACGCUUCUUAUUGCGGGUAUUGCGAUCCGUAUCGCCUGUGUGGCGUGGGUUACUAUGUGGAUGAUUGCAAUCUGGCGAACGCGUUCACCGGCUGCUCUCCGUGCAAGAAUGGACUCGCUGUAAACACCACCGUGGUGUACCUCACGGCGGGCGACGCCUACAGCCCCUACUCGUGCUCCUGGAAAUGCCCGGAUGGCAUGGUGCUGGGGAGGAACGCGAGCGGGGCGGUGGAUUGUGUGAUCCUCCCGCCUGCAGUGGCGGCCACGAAGGAGCAGCUCUCGACCCCUCCCCCCUAUUGCUCCCCCGGGACCUACAGGGCCUCGACGCUGGAGUGCCUGCCCUGCCAGGUGAACAUUCCCAACGAGUUUGCGAUCUUCACGGAUGCCUGCCGCUGGGUGUGUGUGGGAGGGAGGAUCGCCGUGCUGGACCCUGUUCAGGGGAGGCUGACCUGCAUGGCCUAUGAGGAUUACAUCUCGAUCAUGCAGAACACGAGGAGGGUGUUGAUCCAGAACCCACUCAACGAUACCUACCAGGAUCACACCUUAGGGAAUGGGGAGAGGGACCUGCUGUACGUGUCGCUGGCCUUUGUCACCGUGGUGGUAGUCGUAGGAACCCUGAAUUAUUUCUGUGGCGCCUUGAGAUAA